UUAAGUUACUUUUCGAAUUAUCAGAGAAAACCUUGUUUCCUGAUCCUAUAAAUUCUACCUUUCUUCUUACAAAACCAAAAUCAUCCAAACAACUAAAACAAACAAAAGAAAAGAAAGAAUAAGCAUUUAAAAAGAAGAGUUAACAAGAAAAAUGGCAAACAAAACAGUCCUCUCAAUCUUCUUGAUUGUUUCCCUUUCUGCUGCCAUUUUCGUCACUCAAGGAGUAGCUCAUAUGGAAACGCAACCAACGGUUCCAGGACUCUUCCCACCUAUUGAUCUCGUAAAAUGUUGGUCGUCUCUCUUCAGUGUUGAAGGAUGUGUGCUCGAAAUCUCCAAAUCAAUCUUCUCCGGAAAAUUCGAAAAUGUCCAAUCCGCAUGUUGCAAGGCGUUUUCAACCUUAGAUGCUAACUGUUGGCCUCAUAUGUUUCCGUUGAAUCCGUUCUUCCCUCCUCUCCUUAAGGAUAACUGUGCACGCCUUGUUCCCAACUCCCCUGCAAAGAAUUGA